CUACUUGCCCAAGCGGCAUCGGUUCCUUUCGAAGCGCUCGCGAGUGCAUCUCUGCUGCGGUGCGUCGCGCGCAGGCUGGAGAGAGAUGACACAGAGCCCCGCGCAGCUGGCCACGCAGACAUGGAUCUCCGCAGAGUGCUGGGGUCGGUGCUUUGGAUUUUACUGCUGAACAUAGAAGGAGACUGUCACGCCGAGGAAGUGGUGCUGCUGAAUUCUAAAGAGACUCAGGCGGAGCUUGGCUGGACGUCCUAUCCCCCUAACGGAUGGGAGGAGAUCAGCGGCGUGGAUGAGAAGUACAAGCCAAUCCGGACGUACCAGGUGUGCAACGUGAUGGAGCCCACGCAGCAGAACAACUGGCUGCAGACGGGCUGGGUGGCGCGUCGAGGCGGCCAGCGCAUUUUUGUGGAGCUCCAGUUCACGCUGCGUGACUGCAACAGCAUCCCCGGCGUGGCUGGCACCUGCAAGGAGACCUUCAACCUUCUGUACGUGGAGACGGACCGGGACCUCGGCGGCGUGACCCGCGAGGACCGCUACACCAAGAUCGACACCAUCGCGGCGGACGAGAGCUUCACGCAGGGCGACCUGGGCGAGCGGAAGAUGAAGCUGAACACGGAGGUGCGCGAGAUCGGCCACCUCAACCGCAAGGGCUUCCACCUGGCCUUCCAGGACGUGGGCGCCUGCGUGGCCCUGGUGGCCGUGCGGGUGUACUACAAGCGCUGCCUCGCCACCGUGCAGAACCUGGCGGUGUUCCCCGACACGGUGGCCGAGGCGGCCUUCGCCACGCUGGUGGAGGUGCGCGGCGCCUGCGUCAACUACUCCGAGGUCGACGCCGACAGCCCUCCCAGGAUGCACUGCAGCGCUGAGGGGGAGUGGCUGGUGCCGAUCGGCAAGUGCAGCUGCAGCGCCGGCUACGAGGAGGGACACAGCAGCUGUGAAGCGUGUCCCCGGGGGUCCUACAAGAUGUCCUCCAGGCAGCAGGAGUGUUUUCCCUGUCCUGCCAAUAGUGUAUCAGAGGAGGAAGGAUCUGUGGUGUGCGUGUGUGAGGAGGACCACUUCAGAACCCCCCUGGACACACCCUCAGCACCAUGCACAAGGCCUCCCUCCCCGCCCAGAGACCUGGUCUACACCUUGAAGCAGUCCACGCUGAUCCUGGAGUGGGCGGCGCCGUCCGACGCAGGAGGCCGGGUGGACCUGACCUACAGCGUGGGCUGCCGGAGGUGCGUCGGCAGGCAGUGCGAGCCGUGCGGGGCGAGCGUCGGCUUCGUGCCGCAGCAGGUCGGCCUGACGGAGAGGACGGUGACCGUGGUCAACCUCCUCCCCAACACCAACUACACCUUCUCUGUGGAGGCCUUGAACAGCGUCUCGGAGCUGCUGCCCAGCAAGAGGUUCUACACGCAGGUCAACGUGUCCACGAGUCUGCCGGCCCCAUCUCUGAUCAGCGAACUACGAGCAGAGAAGAUCGAGCAGAAGAGCAUAACGCUGGUGUGGAGGGAGCCUUCUUACCCAAAUAGCAGCCGCGCGGAGUACGAGGUCAAAUAUUACGAGAAGGAACAAAAGGACCAGAGUUAUUCUACGGUGAAGACGGCCGCCACGCGGAUCUGCGUCAACAACCUCAAGCCUGGCACCACAUACGUCUUCCUCAUCCGCCCUUUCUCCACGCCGGCCCCCUCCUCUCCCCUGUCCUCCUCCCCUCUGUCAUCCUCCUCGGCGUCCUCUUCCGCCAAUUCCUCCUCCUCCUCCUCCUCCUCCUCUCCGCCGCCCAUCGACUACGGGGCGUACAGCGCUCCCCUGGAGCUGCAGACACUUGGCGAGUUGGCGCUGGCGUCCAGCGAACAGAGUCCCGUGGUCAUCAUCGUGGUGGUGUCCGUGGCCGCCCUGAUCGUGCUGCUCUCCAUGGGACUCGGCCUGCUCAUCUGGAGGAGCAGCGUCUGCUCGAGCUCCUCCAAUGUAACUCCUGCUAGCGUGGUGCUGCUUUCGACCUCCUUCUCCACUCUUCCUCCUCCUCCUCCUCUUCUUUCUCCUCUUCCUCCCUUCACACAGCUGAUGCCCAGACAAUGCGGCUACAGCAAAGCCUCUCAGGAGGGAGACGAGGAACUUUACUUCCAGUUUAAGAUCCCCACCCGAAGGACCUACAUCGACCCGGAGACCUGCGAUGACCUGCUGCAGGCUGUGCACGCCUUUGCCAAAGAGCUGGACAACUCCAGCAUUAAGAUAGAGAGAAUUGUGCACACAGGCGACUUUGGGGAAGUAUGCCGCGGCUGCCUGAAGCUCCCCAGUAAGAGAGAGCUGCCAGUGGCCAUAAAGACAUUGCGGGCCGGCUGCUCCGAAAAACAGCGGCGCUCUUUUCUCAGCGAGGCCGGCAUCCUGGGGCAGUUCGACCACGCCAACAUCAUCCGGCUGGAGGGCGUCAUCACCACCGGUAACACCAUGAUGAUCAUAGUGGAGAGCAUGACAAACGGGGCCUUAGAUUCCUUCCUUAGGAAACACGAAGGCCAGUUGAGCGUCAUGCAGCUGAUGGAUAUGCUGACCGGUGUGGCCUCGGGGAUGAAGUACCUCACCGAUAUGGGCUUCAUCCACAAACGGCUGGCCGCACACAAGGUGCUGGUUAACUCUAACCUGGGCUGCAAGGUGUCCGGCUUCAGACCUCUUCAGGAGGACAAGAUAGAGGCCAUCUACACCUCACUGCACGGAGGGAAGAGCGUGGUGCUGUGGACCGCUCCCGAGGCCAUCCAGUACCACCGCUUCUCCUCGGCCUCAGAUGUCUGGAGCUUCGGCAUUGUCAUGUGGGAGGUCAUGUCCUAUGGAGAGAGACCCUACUGGGAUAUGGGCAACCAGGACGUGAUUAAGGCCAUCGAGGACGGCUUCAGGCUGCCGGCGCCCGUUAACUGCCCUCCACAUCUCCAUCAGCUGAUGCUGGACUGCUGGCAGAAGGAGAGGACGGAGAGGCCCAGCUUCAGUCAGAUCCACUCAGCCCUCAGCAAGAGCAUUCGCUCCCCCGAUGGCAUCGGCUCCUCCACGCUGGCACGCAGAACCCUGAGUUCAUCCAUUACCAUCGCAGAGAGGCCUCUGCCCUCCUUCCCAUCCUUUAACUCGGUGGGGGAGUGGCUGGACGCAGUGGACAUGGGCCGAUACAAGGACAACUUCACUGCUGCAGGGUACUGCUACUUGGAGUCUGUGGCCCGGAUGACUGUACAAGAUGUACUGAGUCUUGGCAUCACUUCCCUUGAGCACCAGAAGCUGAUCCUGGCUGCCAUCCAGACCCUUAGAGCCCAGGUCAUCCAAAUGCACGGCCGCGGUGUGCAGGUCUGAGAUAUGAGGGAGGGGGAGAGAGGGAGGGAGAGGGAGGGGGAG